AUUUAUUCUUGAAAAAUAUAAAAGAAUGGAAGAGGAAGAUUUGUUACUGAUUAUAUUACUAAUGCAAUCGUGGUAUACAUUUAAUUUGAUGGUGUAUCGUGCACUGAGAUCACGACGAAGUCAAGGAAGGAGAUGGUGGCGUCGACCAGUUAAUAAUACGUUUUUGCAACUUGGGGACUUCUCACAGUUAUUCCAAGAACUCAAGAAUAUUGAUCAUAAAGAAUUUUAUCAUUAUACAAGAAUGCUACCUGAUCAGUUUGAUUGGCUUUUGGAAAAGACAAACCCGUAUUUAUUAAAACAUAGCAGGAGACGUCCAUUUCCACCAGAAUUAAGACUGGCUGUCACUCUAGGAUAUCUUGGUCAUGCUGAUAGCGUGUGGUCGAUAAAGUGGUGUUUCCGCAUUGGUCGCUCAACAGUGUAUAAGAUUAUUCCUGAGACAUGUGAUGCAAUUAUAAAAGCUUUACAGCCAAUAUAUUUACCACCCAUGACAAGAGAGGAUUGGCGUAAUGUAGCUGAUGGAUUUUAUGAGAAGUGGAAUUUCCCUAAUUGUAUAGGGGCGCUUGACGGGAAACACGUUAGAAUUCAGGCUCCAAAAAACUCAGGCUCCCUCUUCUUCAACUAUAAGAAAUUUUUUUCAAUUGUUCUCAUGGCAAUCUGUGAUGCCGAUUAUGUUUUCAAAUGGGUGGACAUUGGUGACUAUGGUUCAAUAUCUGACGGUGGAGUAUGGUUGCACAGUGACUUAGGCUCCAGCUUAGAGCAAGAAUUAAUUGAUUUGCCACAUCCAGAGCCAUUGUUAGAGACAAAUACCCCCUUUCCAUUUGUCAUUGUAGGCAACGAAGCCUUUCCACUCAAAACUUAUUUAAUGCGGCCCUAUGCAAAGCCAAAGAGACUUAGACGUCAGCAAGAAGUUCUUCUUACUGGUCUUACAAUACCACAGCGAAUUUUUAAUUAUCGGUUGUCUAGAGCUCGUAGAGUAAUUGAGAAUGCCUUUGGUAUUCUUGUUUCAAAAUGGGCCAUUUUAAAGGGUUCCAUAUGCUGUACACUAGAAACUGCCGAAUCCAUUGUUAUGGCUCUUAUAUGUUUGCACAAUUUUCUUCUGGAGAGCGAAAAAGAUACAUUAACUGCAACACGUCUGUAUCAAAAUCCAGGACUUGUUGAUGGAUAUGGGCCGGAUGGUGAAAUACAAAUUGGACAGUGGAGAGCUCAAGUGCCACAACAUAGUAUGAUGGAAAGAGCUGGCAGACUUGGAGCAAACAAUCCUACUCGAGCAGCCAUUAUUCAAAGAGACAAAUUAAGAGAUUAUUUUCUUACUCAAGAGGGUGAAAUCUUGUGGCAAUAUGAUUAUGCAUUAAGAGAUGUACCAAUUGUUAGACAUCCAACUUGACUAUUAUUCACAUUUUUUGUUGGAAAUAUACAUAGUGAAAAUAAAUAUUUUGAAUAUUUCAA